GUUAUAUUUCAAAUUUGACGUUUAUACAAGUUCAUACAAGUUUUCUUUUACAGUUACAAAAUACUGCUCGUAAAAAAGAUUUAAAAUACACAUAAUAUUUGGAAGAAAAAUGUCUUUCACUGCUUCUACAGACCUGAACCCCUGUACGGAUCCUCCCUGUACAAAUUCCGAAAGUAUAGCUACUAAGCAUGAAAAUUUAUGUUUGGGAUCAGGUGAAUGUUCAAACGGCGCCAAUUUAGAAGGGGGAUUCACAGAAAUGGAGGAAAUAUUAGCCGGUAGAAAAAUCGCCAAAGAAAGACAAAAAAUCAUCGCGUUUUAUGACAAUGUUUUACGACAUAUCGUGGACGAAUUGGACGGCAAAGAGACAAUAAAAAUCGAAACCAUUGAAAAUUUCCUAAACCAACUAAUAAACGACCUGAAAAAAUCAGGCAAAUACGACCAAUACGAAUCGCUGGACACCGAUGAAAUACGAAACGAGCUACUAUUAAUAUUAUUCGAUAAAGUAAACCUCAGAAGAGACGAGGUAAAUAAAUACAAAAAGAAAUCAUCGCCUAAUGAACGACCAAUUUCGCCCAAUGAAGAUAAAUAUCUGUUACCUGCAGCAAUAUCAAAACGUAACAUGGACAAAUUGCUAAAUUCCUACCCGCUAGUUCUCGUAAAAAAGUUCCUCGAAUAUCUCACCGAUUUUAAAGAAACCACAGCAACUCAAAUGCACCUACGACACGAAAAUAUCCUAACGCAAAUGAGGGAAGAGGCCGGAAGAAUCAGACGAAUGUCCGACGAAGCCAAACAUGCUUAUAAUAACGCUAAAACCGUUCUAAGAGCUGUCAGGAUGCAAUACAAACAGAAAAUCGACGCCGAAGAGGAAAUAAAAGCGACAAAACAUAUGGGAAUCCCAGGGCACUCCAUGAUUCACCAGAAAAUCAACAAGGCUAUGCAUGACACUCGGAAGCAAAUAGAAGACGAAGCGUUGAAAGCAAAAAUCCUGAUGGAGCAAAUUGAAACGAUAACGGAUCAAACCGAGCUAUUUCUGAGCAUUAACGAUGAAAUUGUCGACAAAACGGAGGAGCAAAAUAUGAAAACGUUGAAGAGCAUCAGAAAAUUAAAGGCCGUCAUAAAACAAUACGAAUGCUUCAUGCCCGAUAUCGAUGUAAAUAAAUAAUUUCGGCUUAAAUUGUUUGUAAUUCUCUUAAAAUCUACUCCAUUAGCUCGGAAGUUUC